UGUUAUUUUCCCUUUUUCAGUUCCCCGAAAGAAAGAGGGGCCAAGAAUCAGCCAAAACCAACACAUUCUCAUCCAUCAGACAUGAGGCGGGAAGGACACCUGCAUCCAGGGAGGAUGGAUUUCCCGGACGGGGAGUACCACCACAGAGGAGGCCGUCCUGAAGAUGAUCUAUAUAGACCUCCCUUCCAUGAAGACGAUCCUUACUUAUUGUCCGGGGCAGUACGAGAGGUUUACCUGAGAGGAGGAGACCCCAGCCUGCGUGGUUUUGAGGAAGACGAGCUUCGUAGAGCAGGCUAUCAUGAAGAUGACCUUCGUAGAAGGGAUCACUACCUUGAAGAACAAAUCCAUGGUCAGGAUUAUUUGGAGGACAUGCGUAGACGAGAGUUUUUGGAGGCCAGGCCAGGCCACCAAGAGGAAAUCCCUCAUCGCCAAGCAUACCCUGAAGAACCUCCACGCAGGAGUGUCUACCCGGAGAAUGAUCCUCUCAAACAGUUCUAUUCUGAUGAGGUUCUCCGUAGAACAUUUCAUGCUGCUGAAGCUUCUAAGGAGCGGGCCUUUCGAGAAGAUGAAUCACCACAUGGGAGGAGCUAUCCUCAUGUUCCGGCCUAUCCGCAGGAAUUUCCUCCUGAACGUGCCUAUCCUGACAAAGCUCCUCUCUGCUUUGAACACGCCCAUGGAAUGGCAGCCCACGGACCACCUGUUCAUGAAGACCCUUACUCCGAGGAUACCCAUAGAAGCGGAUACCUUGAGGAGGCACAACGCAGGGCGUACAAUGAGGAACAACAUGGACCAGCCUAUCCAGAAGGCAACCCUCAUAGGCGAUCUCACGACAGGGAUCCAAACGGCCGUGGCUACCCCAAGGGGCCAGAUGGGCAAGGAGCUGCUGACGAAGACUUGAGGUUCCCAAAUCAAAUGGAGGGACCAAUGGAGACAGGGGGUCAAGGCAGCAGGGAGCAUUUGUUUGACCUUGUCAAGGCCAUUCGUCAGGAGGGGAGGGGUCCGCAGCAUCCAGAGAUGGAGCGAGGGAUGGGACCACCAGGAAUGAGGGGGACUCAGAAGCCAGCAGAGGGUGGCAGAAUGAGAACAGAUAUCCCCGAACCUUUCCGGCGCUUCCUGGAAGGAGCCACAGAUGACCACAAGAGCCCCGGGAAACGGAAGAGAAAGAGCAGGUUCUCUGAUGCCACAGAACAGGAGGAGGACGUGUUGAAGUUAAUGCAAGCUGGUGACAAUAGAAGAAGGUCAGAACCUUUUGCCAAGCCACAGGGUGCUUAUCAAGGAGUAGCAGGCUCCAGACCAAUGGCAGAGGCAGCUCCAGACACUGGGAAUGUUUUGGAUGUACUGAAUAACAUACAGGUUGAGAAUGUGGAAGAGGCCAACUUCCUGAAGGACAAGCUGUGUAACCUUCUGAAAGAGUUCCAAGACAAAAAAUAUGAGAAGACAGCAGUAAUGCCUGCGUACAAAAGCCUACAUCCAACAGUCAUUUCCAAAGAAUAUAAUCACAUGAGCAAGGAUCACCUGGAAAAUCCCAGAGAUGACUAUGAAAGAAACUACAGAGAAGUGCAAGAGGAGAGACAUUACGAAGGCCAUCCUCCCAGACACUCAAAGGAACACUCACAGGAGCGCUACACUUCAGAGACCCCACAGGAUCCUUACAGAGACACAGACAUGAGAAUGGAGAGGAGAGCUCAAUAUGAAGAGGUCUUUGGGCAUGUUGAGAUGUACCCACAAUCUCAUGCUCGUCCAGAGGAGCCAAUGGCAUACCCCCCACGAGAGUUGUCAGGGGCCGAUGUACCCUCGUGAUUACCCACCUGCAGGGGAUCUUCACAAUCCAUUCAAACCUACACCCCCAAUACACUGGGAGCGGGGGUACAGGACGGGUGUCCCUCAAUCCACCAGCCUAGACAAAAUCACCUCCACUCUCCUGGAGCUUGUGGCAAGGAAAAGUGAUUUUACAGUAGAACCACCAUGUGUAAAAAAUAUUUGUAUUGAUCCGAGCUCAACUGUAUUUCUGUUGGAAUUUUGCUUUUGAAAUGUUUCUACACUUUUAUUUGCUUUAAUUGAUCAUCUUGAUGGCUAGUUUUAAGGGUUAAAGGUUUUGUAGCAAUUAUUUGACAUUAGUAAUCCAAAAAUAUGCUUUGAACGGUGUAGACAUGUUGAAAACAAAAUGAUUUCUUUUGAAUAACUUCUAUUCACUUAACACUGCAUUGUAACUGACAAUAAAACAUUUGUGACCACAAAUCAGUUCUGAUCCAAACAAGAUGGUUAAAGAAAUAUUACACUGAACAAAAAUAUAAGCGCAACAUGUAAAGUGUUCGUCCCUUGUUUCAUGAGCUGAAAUAAAAUAUCCUAGAAAAGUUC